AUGGCUCAAAAAAUUAGCAGACCUCUUGCUGAAAAUGUUGAAAAUGUGGAUGACUGCUGUGUUAACUUUGAACUGUUGGCGUAUGAUAUGUUGCUCGAUGAACACAGCAAACUCUGGCUUCUGUCUAUUCAUCAGUCGCCAAGUUUGGAUGUGCACUGUGAGGUGGAAGCUGAUGUUAAACAAGAAUUAAUCGGCAGUUUACUGAGGCUUGUACAAAAACUAAUCUUAAAAACACCAAAUUCAAAAAGAAAAGUGAAUUCCCAAUUAAUUGACGAUCAAAUAUCAUGUAUAACAAAUGCUCUGAUGUUGAAAAAUAAGAUAAAACCUCUAAUAACAAAGCAUCAAAAGCAAAUGCUGAAUGAGUUGAUGGCUGGCCUUUCCACUGACAUUGAGCAAGUGACUUCAAAAUACUUCAAACUGAUAUUCCCAUGUAACAAUCCACAGCUUAUGGAUUCCUACACGAGAUUUCUCAAGAAAAUUUACUCCAUUUUUGAAUCCUUUUUCAGUGAGAACGAUUACAAGAAGUAUUUAGAGAAGCAAAAAUUGAUUCUCUUACAAAUUCAAGAGAACUGGGAUGAGAUGAAAGAAGAAGUGGCCAAAUUUUGGUUUUCUCAAUUAAAUGUCGCCAAACAAAAACAAGUGAUAGAUGUCGUGAACAAUAAGGUUGAAUUCAUCUUGAUCAGCAAAUGCCACCUCUUGAAUUGCCAUAACGUGACCUUCCUGAGAACGUGCAAAAGAAUAUUUAACCAUCUUCUUUCCAAUCAUGGUUCAGCACUGUGGGAAUCUUUCUCACAAAAGAGAUUAGAAAAUAUCGAUUUCGCCAUGUCUCAGUUUGCUGUAAUUAAGUUCACUAUACUAUGCAACAAUAAACAGUCAAAAUUUGAAAAUAAUGUUAAAACGAAAGCCAAAUUCAUAAAAACCUAUUUUUGUUCAACUGGCUACUUGAAAUCAUUUUGCCACUGGCAAACAAUCUCGAAGAAAACCCGAAUAAGUGUGGACGUGGAUAAAGCCCAGAAUCCUUGUGUCAAAACGUUUCAAAGUUUUGUAAUUAAAAAAAUUUUUCAAGUAUUUCAAAAAAUGUGGGAAAACAUCUUGAGAAACGAAUCCUCUCCUUUGGAACUUGAAUGUUACCGACGGGAUUGCAAUUUUGAAAAUGAUCCGAGCGGAAACAGUAAGCCAGUGAAGCAUUGGAACGAGAAUAGAAGAGCGAGGAGGUUUUGUUUCGAAUAA